ACUUUAAGUCGUGUUUUACAAUUAAAAUGAAACAAUUGGUAGCUAUCACUGUAUUAUCUUUAUGCAUAUGUUUGUGUAUAGCACAACAAUGCCCUUCAUGCGAUCCAUCAGGAUGUGCAAUUCCUAGCUGUAGUUCAGAGUCAGUAUUAAAAAAGAAACAUCCCUGUGAUUGUUGUCUAAGCUGCUACACCGAAAAACAAAAAGGAGAAGAUUGCUCAUCUAUAAGUGCUGCUUGUGCUGACGGAUCAUUUUGUAUCAAUGGGAUAUGCCAGUAACAGAAAAAUAUAUUUUUUGUAAAAAUUGUGAAACUGUGAAAAAAUAAAAAUAAUUUAGGAACAUAUUAAAGUUUGGUGGCUAUUUUUA